GUUUGAUAUUUUGUUGUGUAAAAAAAUAAUGAAGAUAUUAAUGCUCUCCCUUAGCUGUAAGGAUAUACCUUAACACAAAGACUUGGAGCCUGCUGCUAAAUCUAAAAUCUUACCCAAAUAAUUAUCUUGAAAAUGCUUGCAUCGAAUUUGACUAAAUUAGGGUUAGCCUGUUUUCGAGAUGUUAUAUUCAGCGCCUUUUAAAAAGAAUAGGCCAAAACAAUUACGUAUACUAACAAUAGACUUAUUUAUAAUCAAACUGUCUCACCAUAAAAAAUUAAAAUCGCACUAAUAUAUUUUCCGGAACAGGUUGAAAGGUUGUAUUAUCUUCUCCGAAAUUGAAAAUGUUUAUUCCUCUAUAUGCAGAAAUCCAGCAAAGUAAAUUCAGGCCAUCGCACGGUCUCCCAGACACCUUGAACUGCUUUCGGUAAGUCCAUAUAUCUUUAUUGAUUUGUGUUAUGAAUGCUUGAUGGUGAUAUCCUUAUUCAAUUUCUAAUAAGUACCACACACGCCCACCAAAGCACUUGCAGGAAUAGAGAAGCAGCCUAUGGCUUGUACAUUUCCUCCUAGCAGCAAUAUGACCAGCCCGAGAGCAAUAAUUCCUUCUCUUCCACUUGUCUUUGUGGUGUAAUUUGUCACUAUAAAAGUGACGAGGGGAAUCGCAGCUCUUGGAGCGGUGCCUUACUCCUUUCAAAAACUACUUUCAGUGAAAGCCAUCUGCUUGUAGCUGAUAUAGUUUACUGCACUCAAGUUUUAAAAACGGAUUUUCUUUCAUCAACAUUUCAGUUUUUUUUUGUCUCCCACAUUGUUUUACGCCAUAUUGUGCGUCUACUAUACGACCACCACUUCAUGACAUUUCACCCUCAGCUCAGGGCUAAACUAAAGAGAGAGACGAAUCAGCAUUUUAUCAAAAUACAAAGAAGUAAAUAAUUAUACAAUGUGACUCUGGUUUCAAAAAGAAAAAAGCCGAGUUGGCUAAAAAAAAGUCCUCACGCGUGAAUUUUUGUCCCACUCAGUCUCCCACGCCGUCCGUGUGUUCUAUACGUAAUUUUAAUUGUCAUUGGAUUUUGUCUCAGAGCCUGAAGCCAGCAAAGAAGCUGCAGCUCUGAACUUGUUUACCGCCCAACGAAGCUGAGAGGACAUAAAUCUAUUUCCUUCCAUUCUUUCUUUGGCUGCAAAAGAGAAGCAUUACCCUGCAGAGGGAUUCCCCCAGCUGCCGACUCUCUUCUCCCCUCUUCCUCGCUGCAUGUCCUCCGCUCUGCCUUUUGGUGAUGAACCUUCUUCCCAUUUUCCACACCCUGCUCCCGGUGGGGUUUUCCCCUUGACAUACUUCGAACACGGCUUUGAUCUGAAGUUGUUGUGCUUUCUACUCUUAAACUAAUACUUCUUCAUAUAAGAAGCCAUGCAGGCAGUGGAAUACCAGCGCUGGAAUGAAAACAAAUUGCGCGUCCCUUGCGCUUAAAGAUUGAAGACUAUAUGCAAAAAUGCGGGUUAAUGAUCAAGCCGCGGAUAGAAGCCCUUUAUGUCCCGUGGAAAUGGAAAUGCAGCAUGGUCAGCGGCUGAUUAUUCCUUUGUAUUCUCCCCUCUCUCCAACAUCUUCUUCACUGGGAUAAUAAUUCCACCAUGACGUGGAGUAAAUAAUAAUACAAAUAUUUAAAACACUUUAGGGAUGGACUUCCAUUAUAUUUGUAAAGAUUUUAUUUUUUAUAGAUACACUACCUCAUUUGGUUGGGGGAGGAGGAGAGUCAGCCACUUGAUUUGAACUGGCUUUCCAAGGCGCUACUUAUUUGCAUAAUUUUUUUUGUCUAUGGUGACGCUCUGGUUCGGGGCAGUUCACUGGUGUCUGCAUGGUACUGGUGAAGGAUCACAUCGUCUAGCAUAGCCUUGGCUGAGUUUAAUAUUGCUAUGAAGCCCUGGCCAUUGCUCUAAAGCAUGACGAUACGUUCAAUCUUGAGGCCAGAUAACUCUUAUCUCGCUGACCCGACCGCUCACGUCUGCUUCCGUAAUCUCGGUUUACCCAUCCACGUCGAGUAGGGGGGGAAAAGAAAAGGGGGAAAGGAAAGGGGGUUCUCUCGGCUCUUCCCUUUUUUGUUGUGGCUGCUAAUGCCUGGUGCAUGGCAGGGCGCACUCUGCUGCUGCUGCUUCACACAGCCAGCCCUGCCUUUAAACUUUUCUCUGGAUUACUGCUUUGAUCGAUUUCGUCACUGAAUGAGAAAAUAUCGCUUGGUGCUCUGCAUUCGUCGUCAGAGGAUAAGGUAAGCAGGCCAGAAAUAGGCUCCCUCGGUUGUAAAUGGCGGAGUUUGUGUGUCGCGAGGUGAUUUAUCACCGUAUGACUUAGAUCUCGGUUCAGGAAGAGUUCACACACACACAGUCAGGCAGCCAGAUUUCUCUAACGUGGAGCAGAGGGCUGCGCAGAAAGUCUGUCAUUUGUCUCUCUUUCUCUCUUUUAUGACUAUCGCAAUGGCUCGCCUGGAGAUACAGACCACAAAGCUUUCUGAUAUCUUCUCCAGUUCAUCGUGUGUGCAGAUACAGCGAAGACACCUUCUUUCACUCUGCGGUUUAACUACAUUGAGGACAAGCUCGGGGUUCAUUUUAUACUAAUUUGCUUUACACGGUUGCACAAACCCAGAGUUUGCCGACAUUUUCCUUUCAGUUCUUUGCGUUAAUUUUAUGAAAAUGCAUUCUCGUUAUGUUUGCUCCGGGACUAUACUAUGGGCUACACCUAUGGAUUGAAAUCAGGAAGUUUUUAUUACAUCGUUAAUGUUGGGAUCACAUUUACUAUCAGACACAUAAUACCAGCCUAUUAGUUUCAGCAGUGAAAAUUUGAAGUGAGGCUUGCAAUCAAUUUCUUUGGAUUUUAUUAUUUAGUUAUUAUUUAUUACAUUUAGAGUCGAAAUUAUCGGCUGUCUUGAUUGGAUCGACUGCAAUUGUUAAAUCUAGAGUCCAGACAAAGGAACUGCAUAAUUUCACAACCAAAUAGUAUAUGAAUCGGGCGGGUUUCAUUUCAUAUCUAUGGGCCUAACGAAAAUUAUUCACUUUUAUUUAAAAGUAUUGCAGCACAUUAUUAUUAUUAUUGUUAAUGCGAUCAUUAUUACUUUGUAUUGUUAUUGUUAUAAUAAUAAUUAUUAUCAUGCAUUUCACUUUCCUAUUUAAAAUAGCAAUGGUUAAAACAUCGGAAGUCCACAUCAAAUAUUUCGCUAUUUCAUUAGUAAUGUGACAUCAUAAAAUAUUUCCCCAUGAUGACCCUUGGAUCUGUGUCUAUUAUGGUUUAUAGUUUCCCCAAUAAGCUUUUAGAGAAAGAUCCCCAUGGUUACCUGCGUGAAUUAUGAUGGUUUAGCAGCAGGCUCUACCUGUACCAUGCCGGGUUUCUGUCCGCCUGAGUACCGGGCUUGGCUGCGCACCGGGCCACUCAUUCUGAGCAGGCCGUCCCGGCCCACUGACCCCCAUAUAUCACGAUGUGUGCGACGGGCCGCCGUGCACACAGCACCGACAGCAGCCAUUAUUAUGGGCCUGCAAGGAAAAGUUCACACCGUGGUCAUGGAGAUGCACGGAGGCUCGCCCAGUUUUUCCGGUUUCCUCGUGCUCCUUCCAUGUAUCUUGCAGCAUACAAAGAAAAGACAGAAAAGAAAGAGAAUGCGGUUGUUUAUGCAUUGCGUCAGGUGGCCGGGGAAGCACAGCGCAUUGAGAUCUAUCCUGUUUUCUGAAGGACGAUUGUUUGUUAAAUCACAGUGAAAAAAAAAAAUGUGUUCAAAGUUUAUUGGCCACAUGGAAUGCAUUCAUUUCUACAUAAGUAUUAUAUACAUUGUUGACGGCCCUGUUGGCUAAAUAACAAUAUAUCAGUGAUAUUAUUUUCCUGUGCGGUUACCCACUAAUAAGAUGUCCCUACAGCACACUUUUUACUUACAGCAUUUUCUGCAAAAGGUGUUCUGUAACUCUGUAUUCACUUUCAUUGUUAAUAGACUCAGAAGUUUAAAAUGGCAUGCAGUUUCUUGUUAGGUCCUAAAAUUGAUUUGGCAGUCUGAAAUGCUUUUGAAAAGGUUUGUUUUGAUGUGGUUUGGCACAGAUGGUAAUACAAGGUUAGUGCGUGCCUUUGUGCCCUGUGUAAGCCAUAAGGUAAACGGUAAUAGUCUACAGAACUGUUGGCCCUAUCUUGCUUCCAUAGUCUCCAGUGUCAGGCCUGUAUUGAAAAGUAAGAUGGAUCGCCACCAUUUCUUCUCCUCACAGUGCGUCUUGUAACCCUAGGUUCACCCGAGGAGGCCAUUGGCGGAGAGGCGUCACGUGACCACGGGGUGCCAAUGUUAUUCUACAAGGGUGUCAAGACCCUGUCAGUUUCUGAAAUAAAUAUUGGGAAACGGCGAGAUGCAAAAGGCAACCUACUACGACAGCUCCGCAAUUUACAGUGGCUACCCAUAUCAAAGCGCAAAUGGCUUCAGUUAUGAUGCCAAUCAGGUCCAAUAUCCCCGGGCCUCUCAUGUGGAAAGUGAGUACCAUCGACCUGCCUGCUCCCUGCAGUCUCCUGACGGCUCCGUGGCUCUGCAGAAGCCGGGGGAGAUGGCGGAGAGCUGCGACAGGACCACAGCCAUUCAGGCGGCGCAGUCCAAGGUUCAUCCCGAAAGCAAUCAACCACAGGUGCCCGUGUCAGGCCCACCUCCUCCCUCACAAUCCCCCGGUGCUAUCAGCCAAAACACAAGCAACGGGUCCAACCAGCCCAGUGCCAAGAACGGCUCCCCGACCUAUACUACUCGCAAACAGAUCUUCCCCUGGAUGAAGGAAUCCCGCCAGAACACGAAGCAGAAACCCACCAGUAGCUCCAGUUCAGUGGAGAGUUGCCCCGGAGACAAGAGUCCUCCAGGGUCAGCAGCUUCGAAGAGGGCCCGGACAGCUUACACCAGCGCCCAGCUAGUGGAGCUGGAGAAGGAGUUCCACUUUAACCGGUACCUUUGCAGACCCCGGAGGGUGGAGAUGGCCAACCUGCUCAACCUCACUGAGAGACAGAUCAAAAUCUGGUUCCAGAACCGCAGAAUGAAAUACAAGAAGGAUCAGAAAGGUGUCGGAAUGAUGCCUUCCCCUGGUGGGCAGUCCCCUCGGAGUCCCGUGGGUCCGGUCUCCGGUGGUGGAGGAUACCUCAACUCUAUGCAUUCUCUAGUCAACAGUGUACCUUAUGAAUCCCAGUCGCCGACGUCUUACAAUAAACCUCAUCAAAAUGCAUACGCUAUGGCCACGUCAUACCCCCCUCCUUUGAACAGCUCCCUCAACAACUGCCCGCCCUCCCAGAAGAGGUAUCCCGGGACCGACUCGGCCACGCCCGAGUAUGACGCGCAUCCUCUCCAAGGCAAUGGCAACUACGGGACUCACAUGCAGGGCAGCCCCGUUUAUGUCGGCGGAGGUUACAUCGACUCAAUGCCCAAUUCUGGGACCUCCGUUUUCGGUCUAACCCACCUCCAGCACCCGCCGUCCGCAAAUAUGGACUACAAUGGAGCAAUCACAAUGGGCAACAGUCAGCAUCACGGAGUGUGUGAUCCGACACCGACGUACACAGACCUAACGUCGCAAUACUCUCAGGGAAGAAUCCAGGAAGCGCCCAAACUGACGCAUCUGUAGCGGUGGCGUAGC